AAGCUCAGGCAGGAGCUCGGCCCCCAUUGCUGCACCCUUCAGCUGCUGGCAAAGAGGAGCUCUCAGCGACCUCCACUCCCUAAGCUGCUCCUCCCUUUCCUGGUCCCCUGGUUGUCACUUUACAGUCUGAUGGGAGUUGUUUCCCAGGUAGCAACUACAGGAUUGACAAUUAGAGGAGUGUGUGCUGAGUAGUAACCCGUAGCUGGCUGAGUGAAUUCAAGGAUAAACAGACAACUCUGGGGCUUUCAGUCGUCCCAGGGAACCUUGCUCCGAAGGCUCCUGCAGGCUCUCAGAAACUCAAUGCUGGCUGCGAGGAUGAGUUUCCAGAGCGGUGACUGGCAUUUGACAAAGGCUGGCCCUCUCCAAAACGCUGCCUUCACCAGUGAACACAAAGCUACAUUUCAAAGAAGCCUGACAAAUUAUCCCCAGCUGCCAGAAGGAGAAAUCCUCACUGGACAGCUUCCUGUUUCCUGUGCAUUGUUACCACACCACCUGCAAGGAUGAAAGUUGUCAAGCUGGUAAGCGAGCUGCUCUUCCUCACCUCCGUGUUUUCAACCUGUUACGGAGAAAUUCCGGUGACCGUGCUGUGCUCCAUGGACUGGUUCAUGGUCACGGUGCAGCCCUUCAUGUGGAAUGAUGACGUGUACGUGCACUUUUACGAGCUGCACUUGGGCCUGGGCUGCCCGGUCAACCAUGUUCAGACACACAUCUACCAGUUCACCUACCGCGUUACCGAAUGUGGCAUCAGAAUCAAGGCUAUCUUUCAGGAUGUAGUCAUCUACAGCUCGGAAAUACACUACGCUUCUAAAGAUACAUCAUCUAAGUAUGUGAUCCCAGUGUCGUGUGCUGCUCCCAGACGUUCCCCAUGGCUUACCAUGCCCCACUCCACACAAGGAGCCAGCCAGAAUGUAACCAUGGCCAAUAGUGAUGAGACACCUCACCAGGUGUCCGGCUUGGCACAGGCCAACCAAAGGGCCCACUGUGAUUGUAGAUUUUGUAUCUUCAAUGAACAGCAUGUGCAGGACCCAGGUCAGCAAGCAGAGGCUCCAGAGGCUUUUCCUGAGCAGCUGUCUGAUUUUCCCAAUAUAUCUGAGGAUUAGUGUCUUCACUUGGAUGAUCUGACCAAACUCAUGUAAUCCCCGGGAUUGCCUGAGUCACCUGAAUUUGUUUCUUUACUUAGCAUGUAGUAUAGUAGAAUUUCAAAAAAAAAAAAAAAAAUAAGUGCCAUUAUGGUCCUCUCUGAGGUCAAUUUUGAGAAAUAGUUACUCAUGGAAACUUUAUGAUUAUAUCUUUUAAAGUAUUUUUGAAUCUUUUUAAAGGAACAAUAUAAAA